AUGUCUUCCUACUGUGUCGAAUCAGCAAGAACCACACCUCCCCAGUCCUCAGUAGACGACGAGAAGGACCCAUCUACCCACGCAAAAGUCGAGAAUGCUGGAGAGGUCGUGACACGAACUCAGCAGUGGAGAAUCUUGUCUUCGACGUGCCUGGUGGCGAUCACGGUAAUAGGUCUCAACCAAACAUUCGGCGUCUUCCAAGCAUAUUAUGGGCGUCAAAAGUCUGUCCAGGAGGGCGUACUUGCCGGAGACGACUUCCUAAACCGCCCUUUGAUCUCCACCGUCGGGUCCAUGAGCAGUGGAGGACUCGUUGCCGCUUUUGGAAUAUUCUACUACCCCUAUUUGCCUGUAUUGGGAUGUCAUGUCAGGUCCCUAUGUGCGGCCGCUACCGCCUUUGUCACGCUGGGCUUUUUCGGAGCAUCAAUGAGCCACAAUUUGGCCUCAAUCAUCGGGUGCCAGGGAACGUUGGUCGGUAUUGGGUCUGGCAUCCUUAUUUACGUCCUCGGGCCCAUUCUGCCAGAGUACUUUCCGCAACGAGGCGGCCUAGCUCAGGGUGUCAUGUAUGCAUCUGCCGCUCUGGGGGGCAUGAUAUGGUCCUUCGCGUUGACAGGGCUACUCGAAACGGUCGGUAUCCGCUGGACACUAGGAAGCGUCGCCUUGGUGAACAUGGUCAUCUUGGGUAUUGCAAGUGUGCUCGCUCUCCCACCCCGACGCUUCAAAAAGCGCAGCACGCACAUUAUUGGUUGGAAGACGAUUCGCGAUCCACUUUUCCUCUCUCUCGCGAUUGUGAACCUCACACAACCAUUGGUCUUGACACUUCCCAUGGGAUAUGGCCCUAUUUUUGCAGAGUCCCUUGGAGUCAGCAUCAGCAAGGCGUCAUAUCUGGUGGCUAUCAACUCGGGAGUCGGAGUCCUAGUAAGACCAGGUACCGGCUGGCUGGCAGACAGGUUCGGGUAUUUGAACAUGCUUAUGAUUGCUACUGCCGUGUACUGUCUGGCGACUUUCACACUUUGGCUCCCGGCAGCCACGGUGAGCAACGUGGGACUCUACAUUGGCAUGUGUGUCUUCCACGGGUUGGUCAAUGGCGUUUUCCUCAUUCUCAUCAACACGGCGCAGAAGACGCUGUUCGGUGCGGAGAUGUAUUAUCCCAAGUCUGGCGCGAUGACUAGUAUACGUGGCGUUGGUCUGGUCAUCAGCGCACCUAUAGCCGGCGCGCUGUUGCCGAGAAAAUCCGCCUCGGACCUACAGGGACGCGACUUUACGGGGCUGAUACUCUACACGGGAUUAAUGCUAAUAGUCUCGCUGCUGGCUUUGGGGCAUGUUCGAUGGCUAGAUGCGAAAAGGAACGGAUGGAAGUUGGCGCGCUAG